GAUCUGAUCCGGACUACAGAGCUCAUUGUGCGGAGGGUUCUGAUCGGACUACACCCAUUGGCUUUCUUUGCUGCCCGUGGAUGUUUGUUAGCGUCGCAGUUUUGUUAAAUAUGUCUUGGCAAGGCUACGUUGAUAACCUGAUGGCCGACGGCGACUGUCAGGACUCCGCCAUUGUUGGGUACACAGACGCCAAGUAUGUUUGGGCAGCACAUGCCGGUAGACUAUUUACCAAUAUAACGGUUCAAGAAAUUGACAUCCUGGUUGGAAAAGACAGGGAGAGCUUCUUCACCAAUGGCCUCACUCUGGGCGCCAAGAAGUGUUCAGUCAUCAGAGACAGCCUGAACACCGACAGUGACUGGACAAUGGACAUCAGGACAAAGAGCACGGGUGGGGAGCCAACAUUCAACAUUACCGUAGGGAAGGCUGGAAGAGUGUUGGUUGUAGUGAUGGGGAAGGAUGGGGUCCAUGGCGGAAAGCUCAACAAGAAGGCAUUUGAGAUGGUUCAGUACCUGAGGAAUUCUGGAUAUUAAGCAACUCCUCCCAUCUAUCAUCCUCAUAGCAUCCACCCGCUGUGUUGACAAUACUUCUGGAAUUAGAAAAGCCAAUAAUCAUAUUUUACCAUGGUUCACUUCUACAUCCCCUUCAUCCUACCUUAAAAACAAUAGACAUUACAAAUUGUUUUACACUACCACAAUGGCAUGUUUACCAAAAUUGUCUCAAUGUAUAUUUACAAAAGGUGUAAUAAAAAAAAAUCUUGACUGAAUUUGGACUCCUUGUAUUAGAGACCAUUGGCAGAUGGUCAAAUGGGAUAGUUAAAAUGUAAUCUCAGUGGGGGUAGUUAUUUGCUUAUGCUCUAUGUCUCACCAGAGUAUCACCAGGUUCUCCAAUAUUUUUUGGGUGUAAAGUUGCAUGCUUACCCCUCUAAUGAACAUGGUACUACUCGGACACGGCCCUCUCCAGCAUAGGAGACUAGAUGGCAGGCAUCUUAUCUGGCACUUAUUUCAAUGCUCAAAGACUUAGAAAUGUUCUUUCAGCCCUCCAAGCACUCAAUUCAGCUUUUUCUCCCAUUAUUUUGCUGUUAGUGGACGUGGUCCUAAGAGUGAUAGUAAUGGGGAUGUCUGAUUGUAAAACGUGAGUUCAACAUGAGUGAGGCUGAUGUCAUCAACAAGACAGCCCGUCCUAGUCCCUAGACAUUCCAUCUUUGACCAGCUCAGACCUAUGUUGUGUGUCCAUGGUUUUGCAUUACAGUAUUUAUUCACCUUUUUCUAUUUAACCCCCAUUACCAUCAUUCCAUUGAUGCCGUUUGACCAAUUGUCAGUUGAAUAUGAUUGUUUGUAAGACAUGAAAUAUCCUCAGCCCAUGGAUGAUUGUAGGGUGUAUUUGUUGGACUUUAAAUCAUUGUGAUAGAACUUCUGAUUAAUUGAAUUCUCUAACUCUAGAGCAGUUUUACAAAUUGUACAUGUGUAGUUAAUUUCCUGCUAACUUGUCAUUGAACAUGAAAAUGCAGCCUAAUUUUACAACGGUAUGAAUGCAUUUCGACUUGUCGACCCAAGCUUUGGGGAGGGGUUUUUGAGCCCCUCCCCAAAGCUUGGGUCGACAAGUAGCUUGGGUCGAAAUGCAUUCAUACCGUUGUAAAACAAACCUUAAAUUACUUGCCGUGUUUAGUCAUCAAGUGUAUCUGUCAUGGUACGGUACAAGUAUACUGAAAAUAAGAUGCUGUGUACACUAAAUUUAUGAAAAGUCAUGUUGGUUGGAAUAACAUUUGUAAGUUGUCUUGUGAAAUCUUUCUGAGAAUAACCAUGUGUUCUGUGCCAUAAAAUAGAUCUGAUCUGUUGCUACUGUGAGCUCUAGUUUUUAAUGGCGGCCCCAUUGAGAUGACCCCUUCUGAUGGCAAUUUCCUCUCAUGGGAUAUUGUGGCAUCAGUAAUACCCAGUUUUGUGACAUAUGUACAGAAUCAAAAAUAAAAUAAAAAUGCAUUAAAAUCCGUUUUGCUUCAAUAAUUGAAAUUCACUAUGAUACAAAUUGGGGAUUUUUCAAAAGUGUUAAAUGUCAUUCAUGAAAUAUCCUUGCUUUACAGACGGAUACAAUAAAAAUGAUUCAA